GCCCCUCCCACACCCCCACUCCUGCUCCCUCCUUCCCUGGCUCUCCAUGUCACCAUCUGUGGCACAAUCCUUCUCUGUCACUCUCUCUGCCACCCCCUCCUUCCCCUUCCUCCUUCCCCGCUCUCUAUCCCUGCCUCUCUCCGCAUCUCUCCCUCUCUUCCCUUCUCUCGCUCUCUUUCCUCCUCCUUUUAUUCUCCCUGUCACGCAUUUCUCAUCACUCCCCCUCAUUCUGGCUUUCCACCCACUCACUGUCCUCUCUCUCUCUCCCUCUCUCUCCACCUCCGACCGGCCCCCCUUCCCUCUAUCGCUCUUGGCUCCUAUCGUCCCCUGCUCCCCAUUUCUCUUCUUUCCUUGGGAGGCUUCUCCCUCCAUCCCCACCCCAGGCUCCUGCUGGCAGACCCCAUCUGCGUCCCUGCCCUCCAGGACAUGUCCCGGAGAUGAGGGGGGACGCACCACGCACCAGUGGGAAGUCAGGGCUGGAGACCAGAUGGAAGAGGCUCUGUGGGCAGACGUGGCCACCGCGGGCCUAGGAGGGGGCCCGGGCCGCAAGCAGUCUGGAAGGGGGCAGUGUGCGGGGAUCCCGGCUAAGGGGUGCUCUGGGGGCAGCUGGGGACUGUGCAAGGAGAAGGGACAACAGAAUGAUAACCAGCUUGGCAGCAAGGAGGGGAUCCCUCACCCCACGGACAGCUCUCGGAUCUGGGAAUCACUGCAGGGCAGUGUCGGAGCUGGAAGCAGCCAGAUGCAUCGUGCUGCGUGGCCUCCUCCGCUCAUGCGCCGGCUUUCCUGAGCCCCCUGUCUGUGCUGGGCGCCGUGCUCUGCACGCUCCAGUGUAAUCGCAGCCACCCCGGGAGGCCUCCAAGAGUCUAGGGAUUUGGGUCUAUGGUCCUACUAGUUCCAGGUCCUGAGGAGCCGAGAGAGCUCUGAACAGGCCGGUGGGAGAGCUGGAAGCCAGCUGGGCGGCCUGACCCACCAGGCACCAGGCCGAUAGCGGACUGCUGACCGCCCUCCCUCAGCCAUGGACCCCCUUGGCUAUCCUUCACCGGUGCCCGCCACCUCGGAACCUGACAACGCCUCGGCCUGGCUCCUGGACGCCACCCUGGGAAACGUGUCCGUGGCCCCGAGCGCGGCCGGCCUGGCCGUCAGGGGCGUCCUCAUCCCACUGGUCUACCUGGUGGUGUGCGUGGUGGGCCUGCUGGGCAACUCCCUGGUGAUCUACGUGGUCCUGCGGCACACGGCCAGCCCCUCGGUCACCAACGUCUACAUCCUCAACCUGGCGCUGGCCGACGAGCUCUUCAUGCUGGGGCUGCCCUUCCUGGCCGCCCAGAACGCCCUGUCCUACUGGCCCUUCGGCUCCCUCAUGUGCCGCCUGGUCAUGGCCGUGGAUGGCAUCAACCAGUUCACCAGCAUCUUCUGCCUCACGGUCAUGAGCGUGGACCGCUACCUGGCGGUGGUGCACCCCACCCGCUCGGCCCGCUGGCGCACCGCCCCCGUGGCGCGCGCCGUCAGCGCGGCCGUCUGGGUGGCCUCGGCCGUGGUGGUGCUGCCCGUGGUGGUCUUCUCGGGCGUGCCCCGGGGCAUGAGCACCUGCCACAUGCAGUGGCCCGAGCCCGCGGCGGCCUGGCGCGCCGGCUUCAUCAUCUACACGGCCGCGCUGGGCUUCUUCGGGCCCCUCCUGGUCAUCUGCCUCUGCUACCUGCUCAUCGUGGUCAAGAUGCGCUCGGCGGGACGGCGGGUGUGGGCGCCCUCGUGCCAGCGGCGGCGGCGCUCCGAGCGCAGGGUCACGCGCAUGGUGGUGGCCGUGGUGGCGCUCUUCGUCCUCUGCUGGAUGCCCUUCUACGUGCUCAAUAUCAUCAACGUGGUGUGCCCGCUGCCCGAGGAGCCCGCCUUCUUCGGCCUCUACUUCCUGGUGGUGGCGCUGCCCUAUGCCAACAGCUGCGCCAACCCCAUCCUCUAUGGCUUCCUCUCCUACCGCUUCAAGCAGGGCUUCCGCCGGGUCCUGCUUCGGCCUUCCCGCCGGGUGCGAAGCCAGGAGCCCCCAGCCGGACCUCCGGAGAAGACAGAGGAGGAGGAGGAGGAGGAGGAGGACGAGGAUGGAGAGGAGGGUGGGGAGAAGGGGGCCGGGAAGCAGGGGGAAGCGAAGGAGAUGAAUGGCCGGGUCAGCCAGAUCACACAGCCUGGCACCAGCAGGCAAGCGCUGCCUCCCAGCUGUGUGCCCGGGAAGGAGCAGCAGUCCCUGCCCCAAGAGCCUUCCGCGGGGGAGAGGCCGGGCGCCCUGCACAUCAGCUGUCUGUAGGGCCGGUGGAGGGCCAGAGCGGCCCAAGCACAGAGCAGAGGCCGUGGGUGAGCCUCGGGCGCGCCUCGGGCCUGCCACCCAAGGUGCCAGGGGCCCGUGAUGGGCUGUUCAGAUCCCACUGCUGCUGAGACUCGCUGUGUGACCUCCGAUAGGUCACUUGCCCUCUCUGGGCCUCGUGUUCUCCUCUGUGACUCAGGGAUGGGAGUCAUCGGUCUAGACAAGCGCUGCCGGAUGAGAAGGCUGGAGGGACAUGACCGCUGGGCUGACCCUCCUGAGGGGGGCCCAGGUUAAGGGGAGGGGUGCACACUGGCCGUCCCCUUCAGAGACAGAGCAUCCAGCUGGGUUGGCCUGAGUCUGGGUCCUCAGAGGAUAAACCAAGGCCUGGGUCUCCUGGGCUCAGGGUCAGGUUCAUAGGAGAGGAGCUGGGGCCCAGGUUCACAGGGAGCUGGACCAGCACCCCCCCAGCCCCCCAGUAGAAGAAAAUCUUGCCCCGUGGGGGGCGGGUGUGAGGCUGCUCAGGCACCAGCUCUCCCCUAUUGCUGCAAGGCCUUGAGGCAGCCCUUCUCUCUGGGCUGCAGGCCUCACCUGCUGAGCAACCCAGUAACCUCCAGGCCCUCUUGCCAGACGGUUGGGCCAGGACUCCUGUGAUCCUGGACUUGAGAAGAAGCGGAUUUUCCCAGAAGCUCGUUAAGUCCAGCUGCAGGGUCCCUUGCUGCGUGGGACCUCUGAGUCCCUGAGCCUAAUUUUGUACUUGGAAUUUUGUAUGGCUUUUCUUAAAGAGGGACCCCACAUGCAUAAGCUUAGGCCACCCAAAGCCUAGCUCGGGCCCUGCGAGGGCAGCCCACGAAUCCCCAAAACAGCUCACUUUGUGUUCGGAGCCUGGAGGGGGGAGUGGGGUGUCUCUGGGUCUGUGAGAGCUCACAGGGGGAGCAUCCCCGUGCUUCCCCUCUCGCUGACCGAGGCAGGGGCCCCACCAGGAGACCGGCAUGGAAGGGCAGAGGGUAAGACAGUGAGUGCUGAGAGGAGGAGGAGGAAGAGGAGGAGGGGGAGGACAGGAGGGAGGAGGAGGAGGGAAGGAGGAUAGAUCUGUUCCAUGACCUUGGAGCUGUCCUUGGCCCCUCUGGACUGAGCUCAGUUGCUGCAUCAAUGAAACUGAGUUGCCUGGCUCAACAGUCCCAAGAAAGCGAUGCCAUCAGGUGGGAGAGCAAAUGCUCUGAAAAGCACAGGGCCAGCCCCUUGAGGCCGCUCAGUGCUGGGAAGAGGGGCUGGGCCUGGCCUGUGCUGAGAAGCAGGGCCUGGUAGACCGGAGGAGGCCUCUCGCCCUCUGAAUUCCCCGGGCUGCAGGCUGGAAAGGCCCAGGGAAGACAAGACAAGACAAAAACGUGGGACCACAGGGCCCUCCCUGGUUUGGCUUGGUGGAUAGAGUGUCGGCUCAUGGACGGAAGGGUCCUGGGUUCGAUUCCAGUCAAGGGCACAUA